CACGCCCUGCGACCCUUGUGAGGGUAAGCGGAUCAGAAAAUGGAUGGAUGGAUGAAUUGUAUUGUUCAAAAAAAGUGAUAAUCGCCUUGUAUCAAAUCAUUAGGCCAUAUCGCAGAACGUAUCAGAAAAAAAAAAUUAUCUUGACAGAAAUCUCUCUUGCUCUUUUCUCAUGUCGAAUCGUACAGGUGAGGUGAGUCACCUUUAUACAACAUUUGCUACUUGGAAGUACAUAUCUUGGGUGAAAAAGUUUCCAACGUGGAAAACGAAAACUAUAAAUGAGCAGCAUCAGCAUGUUUUUGGCACUCUUCUUUGGCCUUUGACUCCAUGAUUGCCUUCCACCGGCUUCCUCUCUUGUCACAUCAUAUUAUAAUGUGACAAUGGACUUGUCACUUCAGAACAUCAUGUUCACCAAAUGUUUGACCCUGUUACAUGUGAUGGACAGGUCAGGCCCACAAAAAACACGGAGGCCAAAAGGACUUAGGGGAAUUUGUUGACAUGACAGCGGCUCUUAAUGAGAUCCGUGGAGGCUCAGCAACCAUCAUAAAAGACUUGUCACUCCCGCGAUUCUGGACCGCCGGUGUGCAGUGUGCACAUGAAUGGAACACGAUGAACGGAACUCACGUCCUAAUAAGCCUUGGCGGCUAUAUCGAUGUGGAUAAGUACCGAUAUGUUUACUUUGUGUUCUUUUUGACGCUCUACGUUCUCAUCCUAUGCUCGAAUGGCACCAUUAUUUGUCUCAUCUGGAUUCACAGGAACCUUCACGAGCCCAUGUAUAUUUUCAUCGCCGCUUUGUCUCUCAACUCGCUUUUGUUCAGCACGGCCACCUACCCCAAACUCAUUGUGGACGUCUUGUCUCACCGGCAGAGCAUUUCUCACACAGGGUGUAUGUUGCAGUUUUUCGUGUUCUACUCUUUAGGUGGUUCAGACUUCCUUCUGUUGUCAGCCAUGGCUUACGACCGGUAUGUGUCCAUCUGCAAGCCUCUGCGAUAUGCAACGACCAUGCGCACAACCAAUGUCAUCAUCUUCUUGACUUUGGCCUGGUUUCUGCCCACCUUCCAGAUUGCGUUGGCAACUUUUAUUAAUGCAAAGCAAAAAAUGUGCCGGUUUGUUUUAGGGGGCAUUUUCUGUAACAAUUCUGUGAAGAAGCUUCAGUGUGUGAGAUCACAAACUUUGGUUGUUUAUGGUAUGUUCAUCUUUGUCAACGUUGGGUUUCUCCCUAUCUUGUUCAUCCUCUUCACAUACGUUAAAAUAUUUCUCGCCAUUUAUUGCCGUUGCAACGGAUCCUGGGAAAAGGCAGUGGAGACCUGUUUACCUCACCUGAUGGUUUUAAUCUGCUUCUCUUGCUUGGCUGCGUCCGACGUCAUUAUGGACCAAAUGGACUCAGAUGUUCCAAAGAUUGUUCACCUGAUCAUCAUCUUGCAAAUAUUGGCGUACAGUCCUCUCUUGAAUCCAAUCAUAUACGGGGCAAAGAUGAAAGAAAUAUGGAAACACAUCAAGUUGCUCUGUCACCGCGUCAAAUAAACGAAUUUAGAUGUUCAACCUGUCAAAAAAUAAAAACAAGUCAUUAUACAUAUCCAAUAAAUUAAGUCGGAUAUUAAUGACCAACCUUAUUUCAUAAUGUAAAAGGUUUUCAGAGUGCUUCACACUUCUAAGGUGGUGUUUUUAUUGAUAUGCGUUCAGUGCAAAACAGAUUGGAAUGUGUUUCAAUCAUGUU